CCUACCACCAAGUUUAACCUGGGCCAUCCAUGAUUAAACAUAUUGGAGACUAAAAAUAAGCGCUUCUGCUUUCUCUUUUUAUUUUUGUACCAACAUGUCCAAUAUGUCAAUAUACACCAGCCCAUAUCCCCUUCUCUUUAUAUAUAUAGAGAUAUCAAAUCACUGGGUGCUUAUAUUUCCAAACUAUCCCUUCUUAAACAUAAGAAAGAUGUCAUAUCACCAAAACUAUUGCUCAGAAUACGAGUCUCAAUAUUAUGAACCCUUCACACAACAAGGAUCAACCUCUAUGCAUUCUCAACCAAGCCUCCGCUCAAUUCCUUCCCUCACAACACAAACAGAUCAGCAAGAAAACCGUGUUCACCCUAUCCAACACCAUUGCAUCACCACACUCAAGUUCCACAACUCUUACAUAUCCUCGCUUGCCCUUUGCGGAAAAUUCCUCUACACUGGCUUUUCAGACAGAGAAAUUCGGGUGUGGCAACGUGACAUUCUAACCUCGGAACAAUCUCAACUUGAUCCUGAAAAUAUAGCCGAUACUGCAGUAAUAGCAGGAGAGGGAGCAGUGAAGUCUCUGGUCGUUUUAGCAGACAAAAUAUUUAGUGCUCAUCAGGAUCACAAAAUCAGAGUAUGGCAAAUUGAUAAUCAUGAAACAAAUUACCAGAAGCUUCUGCAGUUAGCGACACUCCCAACACUCGCUGACCGUGCCACGAAAUUACUGCUACCCAAAAACCAUAUACAAAUAAGGCGUCACAAGAAGUGCACAUGGGUUCAUCAUGUUGACACCGUAUCCUCACUAGCCUUGUCAUCGGAUAAUUCACUCAUCUACUCUGUUUCGUGGGAUAGGACACUCAAAAUUUGGCGAGCAAGUGACUUCAAAUGCUUGGAGUCAGUACGCGAUGCACAUGAUGAUGCAAUAAACGCGGUGGCAUUAUCUGAUGAUGGACAUGUUUAUACAGGAUCAGCAGACAAAAAAAUCAAAGUAUGGAAGAAACAACACGGGGAAAAGAAGCACUUCCUAGUUGCUACACUAGAAAAACACAAAUCAGGCGUCAACACAUUGGCCUUGAGCAGUGACGGAUCCGUGUUAUACUCUGGUGCCAGUGACAGAUCAAUAGUCGUGUGGGAAAAGGAUGAAUACGGCAACAUGGAGGUUGCUGGUGUGCUUAAGGGGCACACCAAGUCCGUAUUGUGCUUAGGGGUGACAAACGACAUACUGUGCAGUGGUUCAGCCGAUGCAACAGUAAGAGUCUGGAAAGACGUCGACAGGAUCUACUCUUGCUUGGCUGUGUUAGAAGGGCAUGGCAGCCCUGUCAAGUGUUUGACACUAGCAAGUGAUCAUUCUUCUAACCACUCCGGUAACACAUCUUCCUAUCACCUCUACAGUUGCAGUUUGGAUUGUGACAUCAAGGUCUGGCAGUUUUUUGAGCCAAACCUGUAAAGAACAUUUGAGGCUGAGUGGAAUAUCUUCUGGCUUUACUUAUUUUACGUCGUAUGAAUCUUUUCACCAUCCUAUUACCUUUUAUUAGUAAUUUAAUAUACGAAAACAAGUGAGAAAAUCAACUGGAGAAGCUUCAUCUUUACAAGGGAGAAGGAGGCUUACCUCAACGAAUCCGAGACACAAAACGAUCUUCAAGACAUUCAUGUCUUCUAAAUUUCAGACUACGAUUCCACUCCCGAGUAAAUGGACCUUGUUGAUGUGGAUGUUUGGGAAAGCUACAAUUAUUGGACCAUCCAAAUAUCACAUGUUUUAAGGGUUAUUGCUCCGGGUAUUUUUACUCGUUUUUUUGAUAAUUUAGGCUUAUAUAUGCCUUACCAAUGAGUAUUUGUUCUAAUACUUCUCAUGAUGAGUUAGAGUCGAACCUGGAUGUACCGAGACAACAUAGGAUAAACCCAUCCCUCGGGUUAACACUCAACAUUUUUACUUAA